AUGCGUUUCACCAUUAUUGCCUCAGCUCUAGCCCUAGCUGCAGGUGCCAACGCCGCACUCAGCGCUGACCAGGUCACGACCAACGUCGAUGCCCUCACUCAGAAAUCGGUGGACACCAAUGACCUUGCCGAAAAGAUUUCUGUCGUCUCUUUGUUCGCAAAGACCCCUCAAGUUCUCACUGGCCUCCGGGAUAUCGUCGCCCAGGCCCAUGAUGACAUUUCUGCCAUGACUACCAAUAAGCGUAGCAUGCAAGCUCGCCAACAAUGCGCAAGCAUGGAGGAUGUUCAGAAGUGUAUGGAGGAUCUCAAGAAUACCGGGGAAGAUCCCAACGAGAUCGUUGGCAAGAAGAGACGCCAGGAUCCCGCAUACAGCGAUGCCGAGCAGCAAGGUCUCUGCACCGCUUUCCGAGGCUACUCCCAAGGGUCGCAGAAACUCCUGAAGACAAUCGUUGACAAGCACGGUCUCCUGAGUCUGACUCGAUUUGAGGACCCAAUGUCUGCCCUUCUCCACAAUCUGGAGGACGUUUCCGACAUUCUUGCUUUUAAGAUCAUUGAUGCCGUCCCAAACUGCGUCCAAGAUGCUAUCAGCAACAAGGAUUCCCUGGAUCAGAUCCUCGAGGAAGCUUUGGAGAAGUACACGAACUAG